ACGAUAAUUCCUAAAACCUAAGCCUAAACAGCGUGUCAUUGUAGAAUAUAUCGCGUAACCUUAUUGUGUUGUGAUAUCUACCACCGGUGUAGAUAAGCGCUAUGUUUGUUUCUGGCUCAAUAACAUUAAAAUAAUUGGCUGUAAACAAAUAUAUAAUGACGGAAUUUAAAGACUGGUAUUAUGGAAUACCCCUCUUCACCCGUUACUGGUUAUCUUUAACUGUUGGACUCAGUAUAUUAGCCAAAUUUAAUCUUAUUGACUUCAAUUAUUUUAUUUUGGAUAUUGGUGCCUUCAUCAACAGAUUCCAUUUAUGGCGGCCAGCAACAGCACUAUUCUACUAUCCCAUCACCCAAUCAACCGGGUUCCACUUCCUCGUGAACUGUUACUUCCUGUACAGUUAUUCCGAGCGUCUGGAGACCGGGAUCUUCGCUGGCAAGCCGGCUGACUACUUUACUAUGCUGAUCUUUAAUUGGCUUGUCUGCAUUGGCAUUGGAGUUCUGAUUGGAUUAAGUUACGUAAUGGAUCCGAUGGUGAUCUCGGUGCUGUACGUGUGGUGCCAGCUGAACAAGGACGUGACCGUGUCCUUCUGGUUCGGGACGCAGUUUCGCGCCAUGCUGUUGCCGUGGGUGCUGCUCGCGUUCAACGUCAUUGUCAAUGGAGGUGGCGUUGAAGAGUUCCUGGGCAUCCUGGUGGGUCACCUGGCCUUCUUCCUGAACUUCAAGUACCCGCAGGAGUUCGGCGGACCCGCCUUACUGACACCACCUGCUAUCCUAAAGAAAUAUUUCCCUGACUUCCGUCGUCCAAACAACUUCGGCCCUGCACCGGAAACGAGAACCCCCGUCCCUGAAGGACACCAGUGGGGCCGCGGACAAGUUCUAGGAGGCCUCUGAAUCCAUCUUCGAUCCUUCGAAUCCUUUUACUUAACAACCUUCUACCUACCGUGGGAACUAAUAUGACUGGCUAUACUUUGCCCAAGCCAUGUCUACAUCUACAAUCAAUAUUUAUAUUUGAAGAGUUGUCAACCCAAAACGUAUGAUGCUUUAAAGAUGAACAAUAUGUGAUAUUCGGCUGUUAUGUCUUAAAUAACUUUUGUUAGACAGUGGAUCUUCAGUACGAUGUACAUAGGUCCCUAGAUAAGUUUUCCAAUAGACAAAUAUGAAACAAAGAGGUGGCCUAUCACAUAUACUUUUAAAGUUUUGAGAAAACUGAUGAGAAAGUUGCAUUUUAUCCACAUGUGAGGCAAAGUAAUCUGAUGUAAAUUUUGAGUUGUUUCCUUAUGUUGGAUUUGAUUCGGUUUGAUUUUGUAUGAAAUAUUACUGUUAGUAUUUUCCAUGCGUUGGUGUGGUGAAAAUCUUUGUGUUUCACUCGGUGGCAAAAUUUGUUUAACCCUUGUGGCUUGAAAUCCUCGCAACGCUCAAGAUUACACUUUUCGAACCACUCGCUAUGCUCGUGGUUCAAUUUUGGAAUCUUACGCUUACUCGGGUAUCAAUAUUAGAACAAGCGGUUAUACAACAACUUUGCCCCCUUGUAAACACAUAAGUAACUAUUGUUAUUGAUAUGGAGAUGAGUUUUUCAUGUCAAAUAAUGUAUUUAAUGUACUUACAUUACUUACAUAAUAUGUGUGUACCACAGUGGGCAUCAGUGUACCUAAUGCUAAACCUAAACCUAGCUAGUUCCUAGCUACUAACAGCUAGUGCUAUUAACGCCGCGCGCUGAGGAUGUGAUACGCGCGGUUAAAAUCAUUAAUAUUUUAACCGCGUUCAUUAAUCAAUUCAAUUUGUGUAAGAAUGUCCUUAUAAUGUUUAAUUAUUAUUUUAUUUUAUUUAAUUAAUAUCAUAUAAGAUAAGUAUAAU